CUACGCUUGCUCCAUCUUCCGCCACCUCACCCACCGCAACACCUUCAUGUACAACACCAUGAUUAGAGGGUACCUCCAAGCGCGUUUACCCCUCCUCGCUGUGUCCUGCUACUUGUCCAUGCUCCAAAACGGCCUUGCCGUUAACAACUACACAUUCCCACCUUUGGCCAAGGCUUGCAUUGCGCUUCUUCCUUCUUCGAACGUCGUUGGCCGUUUGGUGCACGGCCACGUCGUUAUGUUCGGGUUCGGCGACGACCCUUACGUCGUGAGUGCGUUUAUCGAGUUCUACUCUGUUUCUCGUGAGGUGGAACAUGCACGGGUAUUGUUUGAUAAAACGACAAAGAAAGAUGUGGUGUUGGGGACAGCGAUGGUUGACGGUUAUGGUAAAAUGGGGAAUGUGGAAGAGGCUAGAGAAGUGUUUGAGCAAAUGCCUGACAGAAACGCUGUGUCGUGGAGUGCCAUGAUGGCAGCGUAUUCUCGAGUUAGUGACUUCAAGGAAGUGCUGGCUUUGUUUGCAGAGAUGCAAAAAGAGGGUACAAAGCCGAAUGAGUCCGUCCUUGUCUCGGUCCUCACUGCGUGUGCUCAUCUUGGUGCAUUCGCACAGGGACUGUGGGUGCAUUCCUAUGCCAAGAGAUUCCAACUUGACUCCAAUCCAAUUUUGGCAACGGCUUUGGUGGACAUGUAUUCGAAAUGUGGAUGCGUAGAAUCUGCUUUAUCUGUUUUUCAGAGCAUUGCUGAUAAGGAUGCGGGUGCGUGGAAUGCUAUGAUUUGUGGUGUUGCAUUGAAUGGUGAUGCAGAGAAAUCGCUCGAGUUGUUUUAUCAAAUGGCUGCUUCAGGGACUAAGCCGAAUGAGACUACAUUUGUGGCUGUUCUCACUGCUUGCACUCAUGCAAAGAUGGUUCAGCAAGGCCUUUGGUUGUUUGAAGAAAUGAGUAGCUCUUAUGGAGUUGUCCCAAAAACGGAACACUGUGCUUGUGUUGUUGACCUUCUGUCAAGAGCUGGCAUGGUAGAGGAGGCUGAGAAAUUUAUUGAGGAGAAUAUGGGUGGACUUGCAGCCAGUGAUGCUAACGUGUGGGGUGCUCUUCUAAAUGCAUGUAGAAUUCAUAAAAAUAUUCGUGUUGGGAAUAGGGUGUGGAAAAAAUUGCUUGAUAUGGGGAUCUCUGACUGUGGCACUCAUGUUCUUACUUACAAUAUAUAUAGAGAAGCUGGGUGGGAUGCAGACGCGAAACAAGUUAGGAGUAGGAUUGAAGAAAUAGGGAUGAGAAAGAAGCCCGGAUGCAGCAUAAUAGAGGUGGAUAAUGAAGUUGAAGAGUUUCUUGCAGGUGAUCAUUCUCAUCCACAAGCGCAGGAAAUGUGCAGAUUACUGGAUUCCAUUCUCAAGAUGGGGAUUUUAGAGCACUUCUGAUGGGUUAGCUCCACGAGGAAAAAAGAAGAGCAAAAGAAAGAAAGGAAAGGACACGGGAUAUACUGAAGUUAACAUAUCAUCGCAUAAAGAAUUUGGAGAAUAUUUUACACUGACUUAUUUCA